AUGCUCAGGUCGGCCGCGGGGUGCCUGUGGCGGCGCGCUUUGGCCCCUGGGGCCCGCCUCCUCGAUGUCCAGCGCGCAGCUCUGUCCGGAUCGGCCCCCUUGGGGGCUUGCGGACUGAAUGCCGAUCAGGAGGAGUUCCGCCGAUUGGCGGAGACGUUCGCGGCUGGCGAGCUGAUGCCGCACGGCGCCGCGUGGGACGCGGGCGAGGUGUUCCCAGUGGAGACGUUCAGGAAGGCGGCGGGCCUGGGCUUCGCGGGGAUGGGAGUGGAUGGGCGGUACGGGGGCGCCGGGCUGGGCUGCGCGGACGCGGCCGUGAUCCUGGAGGCGCUGGCCUACGGGGACGUGCCGGCGGCGGCGUACCUAUCGAUUCACAACAUGGUGGCCGGGGCGAUCGCCAGGUUCGGCUCAGACCGACAGAAGGAGGAGCUGCUGCCUGCGCUGACCAGCAUGGACCGCCUGUGCUCCUAUUGCCUCACGGAGCCGGGGAGCGGUAGCGACGCCGCGUCGCUCGCGACAACGGCCAGGAAACAGGACGGCGCUUACGUUCUCAACGGCACCAAGGCGUUCAUCAGCGGAGCGGGGGUGGCGGACCUCUACCUGGUCAUGGCGCGCACCGGGGGUAGCGGGCCUGGAGGCAUCUCGAGCUUCUUGGUGGACAAGGGGGUGGAGGGGUUGAGCUUUGGCAAGCAGGAGGACAAGCUGGGGUGGCGAUCACAGCCCACGAAGAUGGUCAUCUUUGAUGGCGUGCGAGUGGCGGAGGGCGCCCGCCUGGGGCCAGAAGGAGAAGGUUUCAAGAUCGCCAUGUCCUCAUUGGACAGGGGCCGCAUUAACAUAGCCGCCGUGGGCGUGGGCGGCGCCCAAUUCUGCCUCGACGCUGCGAUGCGCUACUCGAAGGAGAGGAAACAGUUCGGCAAGGAGAUUGGGCAGUUCCAGAGCAGCCAAUUCAAAUUGUCGGACAUGGUCACGAGGCUCCAUGGGUCGCGGCUGAUGGUCAGGAGCGCAGCUCGGGCUGCCGACGAGCAGUCGGCAACCGCCACACUGGAGGCCGCCAUGGCCAAGCGCUUUGCGACGGACGCCUGCUUCCAGGUCGCCAAUGACGCCAUGCAGCUGCUGGGAGGGUACGGCUACCUGAGGGACUACCCAGUCGAGAGGUACUUCAGGGAUUUGAGGGUGCUGUCCAUACUGGAGGGCACUAACGAAAUCAUGCGCGUGGUCAUUUCUAAGGAAAUGGAAAAAUUGUUCGGCGAGAAAUAG